UUACACUUCUCACUACCGUCAUCGCAUCCUUCCACCUCGUUCCCGAAUUGCACGACUGCAGUACCCCCAACCGAUCCUAUACACCUUCUACCCUUCAGCUGCUACUCCACGUUACACUAUUCACUCGUGCCGAAGCAGGUCGUUAGAAAGCUCGCCCAAAUACCUAGCUCCCCGGGUUAGCAAGCAUGGCGGACAUUGACGGUUCCAAUCCGAUGAGCAUAGACGUCGAUCCAGCCCUGGACGAAAAGCAGGCUGUGGUUGAAGAUGGCGUUGCGAUCAUCACCCCCGACGUCGAGAUUGAGGCUCCUGCAGCUGCCCCCAUCCGGGCUGAUGACUUCGCAAUGAUGAAGAACAUAGUGCUCCCAGAGGAACCUGGUCUGGAAGCGGAAAUCGAGGGAAUGUACCACUGGGACAUCACCAAUUGGCGGAAAAUGGAGCGGAGGUCUCACAGUCCGGUAUUCACAGUUGGUGACACCCCAUGGCGGAUAUUAUUCUUCCCUUUCGGAAACAACUGCGACUGCGCUUCGUUCUACCUGGAGCACGGAUUCACGGAUAAGCCGCCGGAGAAAUGGUACAAGUGCGUGCAGUUCGGGUUGGUAAUGUGGAAUCCGAACGCGCCCACAAGUUUUGUUCACCACCAGGCACACCACCGGUUCACGGUCGAGGAAGGCGAUUGGGGCUUCACAAGGUUCGUCGAGUUGAGGGAGCUUAUGGCGACCAGCGACAAGAGGCCACGGCCAUUGAUUGAGAACGAGUCGACUCGAGUGACUGCAUACGUGCGCAUCAUGAAGGACCCUACCGGAGUGUUGUGGCACAACUUUCAGAACUAUGAUUCCAAAGCGGAAACCGGAUAUGUCGGAUUGAAGAACCAGGGAGCGACCUGCUAUCUGAAUUCCUUGUUGCAGUCGCUGUACUUCACCAACUGUUUCCGGAAGGCGGUAUACCAAAUUCCUACCGAGGAUGCGAACCUCACAAAUAGCGCCCUCACUCUACAGCGCCUGUUUUUCUCACUCCAAACCCAUCACGAUGCUGUAGCUACUCUGGAGUUGACGAAGUCGUUCGGCUGGGAGACACAAGACAUCUUUGCUCAGCAAGAUGUACAGGAGCUGAAUCGCGUCCUGAUGGAGAAUUUGGAGACCAAGAUGAAGGGGACGGAAGUCGACAACAUUCUCAACAGGAUUUUCGUAGGCAGGACAAAGACCUACAUCAAAUGCAUCGAUGUCGAUUAUGGAUCGGAACGCGUGGAAGAUUUUUGGGACAUUCAGCUGAACGUUCGAGGCUACAAGAACUUGGACGAGUCAUUCAAAGACUAUAUCGCUGUCGAAACUAUGAAUGGUGAGAAUAAGUAUUACGCCGAAGGGCAUGGACUACAGGAUGCGGAGAAGGGAGUCAUCUUUGAGUCUUUUCCGGAUGUUCUCCACCUUCAUCUGAAGCGCUUCGAGUAUGAUUUGAAUACCUACGCUAUGCAGAAGGUCAAUGACUACUAUGAAUUCCCCGAGGACUUUGACGCCGCGCCGUAUCUGUCCGAUGAUGCGGAUAAGGAUGCAGGAUGGGAGUACGUUUUGCAUGGAGUUUUGGUGCAUAGUGGUGAUCUCAAUGCCGGUCACUAUUACGCCUUCCUGAAGCCAGAGAAGGGCGGUGAAUUCUUCAAGUUCGAUGACGACCGUGUUACGAAAGCCACGAAACGGGAGGCGAUGGAUGACAAUUUCGGCGGAGAGUACACUAUACCAGCUAACCACGACGGCAGUCGGAAUCAGCUCUCUAGAACCCUUCCUACCAAGCGAUCGAUGAACGCCUACAUGUUGGUCUACCACCGCAAAAAUAAGAUUGAUGAGAUUUUGGUCCCUGUGACCGAGGCGGAUGCUCCCGAACACCUGCCCAUACGAUUUGAAGAAGAGAGGUUGCAACUGGAACGACGGAGGAAAGACAAGGAAGAGCAGCACCUCUACCUCUGGGUGAGAGCAAUCACCGGUAAACAGUUCAGAGCGCAUCAAGGGUUCGACCUGGCUACGUGGGAUGAUAAGGACGCCCACCAAGACUCACAGCCCAUUGUAUUCCGCUUCAAAAAGGCCAGUAAGAUGAAGGAGCUGGUGGAAGACCUCGCACAGCGCCAAGGCUGUUCGCCGGAUCAACUGAGGCUAUGGGUAAUGGUGAACCGGCAGAACAAGACAGUGAGACCCGAUCAACCAUUACUGGAUCUUGACAAGACGGUUGAGGAGAUGUCGAUGAAGCACAACACUAAGAGUAGUGACUUCCGUGUUUGGGUGGAGUACACCGAGAGUCUCAAGGACGCGCCCUUUAACAAGGAGCAUAAUCCCAAUGGUCCUUGGAUAGUUGUUUUCCUCAAGUAUUACGACCCACUGAACCAGUCUCUGAUGGGCGUGCGACAUGUCUACAUGCGGCGAAACGAUAAGGUCCAGGAAAUACUGCCGACGAUCAACGAAAUCAUGGGGUGGCCCGCGAAGACCGAACUGAUGCUCUUCGAGGAGAUCAAGCCCACGAUGAUUGAGCCGAUCAAGGUUAAGCAGACGUUCCAACAAGCGGAGAUCCAAGACGGGGAUAUCAUCUGUUUCCAGAAAGUGCCGACCGAGAAGGAGCACGAGGUCAUCAAGGAGAAGAGAUUACCUCGGGAUGCGAAGGAAUUUUAUGACAUGCUCGUAAACCUCAUUGCCAUACGCUUCAUCCCUAAAGGUGGCCAGCCGGAUAUAUACAAGGACUUCAUCUUACCGCUCUCCAAGAAGAACUUGUACGAUGAGGUUGCAGAGAAGGUUGCCGCGCAUAUCGGCGUUCCUCCCACGCAUAUCCGGUUCACGACCAUCAUCGCUUCGAGCAGUGCAGCCCGGACACCGAUCAAGAGAAACCCCGCGGUGACAUUGGUGCAAAUGGUGUCGCCUCAGUACUAUUCCACCACUCAGAUUGCUCACAAUCAACUUUUAUACGAGGUUCUGGAUAUGUCACUCGCCGAGCUUGAGACCAAGAGAUUGAUCAAGUUCACAUGGCUACCGGAAGGUAUCACGAAAGAGGAGCCGGCAGAGGCGCUGGUCCCCAAGGUUGGAUCGAUGGCCGACAUCAUUCCCUAUCUCCAACAGCGGUUCAAUGUUGCGGAUGCCAUGGUGAACAGGAUCCGCUUCUUCACCGCGCAUAUGGGUAAGUUCCAUAAGGAAUUAAACCUACAGUACACUGUGGCCAGCAUCCAGGAUUACAAUCAGCUAUACUGCGAGAUAGUGCCAGAAGAGGAGGUUGACGCCGACUUGAAGAUCACCAGAAUCCUUGACUGUUUCCACUACCACAAGGAACCUAGCAAGCAGCACACCCAAGGCGUACCGUUCAAGUUCGUCGCGAAGAAGGGCGAGAAAUUCGAGGAUACCAAGGCUCGCCUUCAAGCUCGGACGGGUCUCAAGGGCAAGCCAUUUGAGAAGAUCAAAUUUGCAGUUGUCAAAAAGUCCACUUAUUCGAAACCCAUAUAUCUUGCUGAUGAUGAUAUUUUGUACGAUGUUGCGAACGAAGCCGAGGAUGCUCUCGGCCUGGAUCACGCGGAUAGACAUGCUAACAGCAGGAAUCAAUGGGCACGGCAGGGACCAGAGAUCCGAAUCAAAUAGAGUGCUUUUGCUUCACGUGUUUUGGCGCUUUUUUUGAUUGGAUUGCAAUUGAUCGGAGUGGUUGCUGAGGGGAUGGCGGAGAAGGGGGAUGGCAUUUGUAUGUGCUUGAUGAAGGGCUGGCGAAUCCACCGUUGCUGUUUACAUACUGCGACAAUCGAUGCUCGU